UUACCUUUUUUACUUCCAAUUUUAAGUUCACUCCUCAAGGCACCCCCACAAACCAUUGAACCAUGCGUAGUCCUCCACAUAGCAACGCUCACCUCCUCUUUUCCUUCCUCCUCCACCUCUUCACACUUCCAAUACUCAAUGCUGACGUCGGCACCGCGGCGUAUUACGGCCGCCCGUAUCUUCCUACGGUUUGUUUCGGGAGCGAUUCGAGCCAGUUUCCCGCGAACAACCUGAUCGCAGCAGCUGGAGAAGGGCUUUGGGACAACGGCGCGUCCUGCGGGAGACAGUACCUAGUCAGAUGCCUAAGCUCGGAGACAGCCGGAGGGUGCUCCGGCAGGGGGCCCAUGAUCCAAGUCACGGUGGUGGACGAGGCUGAUGCCCUCGCUUCGAUGCCGUCGGUGAACAGGACGACGCUGGUUCUGUCUCGAACUGCUUUCGGCAUGAUUGCCGAUAUAUCGGUUGCUAUGAAGAUCAACAUCGAGUUUGCAGAGGUUUGAUUGAGGAUGGCUUCAAGGGCACAAAAAUAUUGACACGUGAAGUCGUAUUUUCUACCGACGGAGUAUCUAUCGAUGUUUUUGACACCGCGUAUUCAAUGUUUGAGACUUUGAGUAUUAUAUUUUACCUUGUAAAGAAAUAACAAAGUACUAUUGGAUUUAAUCUAAUAAAUCUAUU